UCCGCUUCCUGUGGGCAAAGGGCAAGCGGAAUGUAAACACGGGAGCGGGGCAGUGGUGCUCAAGUAACUGGCUCCCUGGUCGGUGCUGGGAACCGGAGGAAGAGCAGCAAAAGGAGAGCUAACAAGAUCCACAAAUUCUAUUUGAAUGGCUUCCUUCGGAUGGAAGAGGAAAAUUGGUGAGAAGGUCUCAAAGGUCACUUCCCAGCAGUUUGAAGCUGAAGCUGCCGAUGAAAAGGAUGCAGUUGAGAGUGAUGAAGGGAACGGGCUUCAUGCCACCAAACGCAGGAAAGAAAGUCUCCUGGAAGGCUGUGCCAGGAAAAGCAAGCAGCUGAAGGAUGAAGGAGCCAGCCUGGCUGAAAAUAAAAGAUAUCGAGAGGCGAUUCAGAAGUGGGAUGAAGCACUACAGUUAACCCCAGAUGAUGCUACCCUGUAUGAGAUGAAGUCACAGGUCCUAAUGUCACUUCAUGAAAUGUUCCCUGCAGUUCAUGCAGCAGAAAUGGCUGUGCAGAGAAAUCCACAUUCGUGGGAGUCUUGGCAAACUCUGGGGCGUGCUCAGCUUGGAUUAGGAGAGAUAGUGUUGGCAAUUCGAAGUUUUCAAGUAGCCCUUCAUAUCUAUCCAAUGAACCCUGAAAUAUGGAAAGAAGACCUUUCUUGGGCAAGAAAGCUCCAGGAGCAGCAAAAGGUAGCCCAGAGGAUUAAAAAAAAUGAAGCACCAGCGGAAGUCACACAUGUCUCACCAAAGUCCAUUCCCGACUAUGACUUUGAAAGUGAUGAGAUUGUUGCUGUUUGUGCAGCUAUUGCUGAGAAACAAAAGCCAGUUUCAGAUAAUAAAACAAUGGUUAUUGUGUCAGCUUCUGGGACCGUGGAGACUGUAAGUGAGAAGGAAGAUGGGGCCACGGCCCCAGAUGGCUCCGUUUUUAUCAAAGCCCGAUGAAGCUUAGCAGGAGCUACUUGAAUCCACCUGUUUGAUUGCCACAAAGUUUUAGGCAAACAGGCAUUUACUCUGGAGAAACAGGGUCACACUCCUGUUUGUAAAAUCAGUUUUUCAGAUGAGGCAUAUACAAACUAAAGGGUAGGAUUAUUAUAGAGUGUUUGGACUCUGCUUUGAUAAGUUAUGAUUUAAACUUAAGAUUAGAAUUCUGACUACAAUGGUUUUUGAUGAAUAAACUUAAUCCAAAUGUAUGAGUGAAUACAUUUUAAAGACAAAACUUGGAAGUGAAUGCUCCAGUAGUCAAUAACUUGAUGGCCAGUGUUAUUAAAAUAUUGACUUUUUUAUGACAAAGGAAGUGGGUGAUUUCUCUCCCUCCAAAAAAAUAUACUGCUAUUACUGUUCACUCUUCUAUUUUUCUUGUUUUAUUAGAGUAACUUCGUCAUGAAGCUUGAGUAUUUUGAUGUUCAUGUUUGAUUCAAAAUUGUCAUUUGGUUAUAGGUAGAUUCUUUGCAAGUUCAGCUGGAAAUGCAUGCAACUGUGUGUGUUCCGGACAUUUUCUGUAGAGACUCUUACAUCAGAUUGAUGCUUGUUUUGACUUUAAAAUUACUAUCACCA